AUGAAGCCAAGUGGAAAAAAGGAUACAAAAUAAUUGAAUCAAAGAUCUCCAGAAAAGAUAUUACAAAAGAGAAAUAAUAAUAAUUAAUUAUAAUAUUUAGUAAAAUGGAAGGAUAAUGAUGAGCCAACUUGGGAAUUCGAAGAAAACAUCAGAAAUUGUAUUUAAAAUUUAUCAGUCAACGAAUAAGAAUUAAUUUCAAAUUAAAAUUAUAAAUAAGCAAAAUAAGGGAUACCUAUUAGACCGUAAUAAUAGAGUUAUAAGCAUCCUAAUUGUUCAGAAGAACUCCUUUUUAAUAAACAGAAGGAAAUGACUUAAAAAUACUGCAAUGCUUAUCCAUAAAUCGGAGAUGAAAUUGAUAGUGUUCAUUUAAUCUUAACUUAAGAAGAUUGCUUAUUUGAAAUUAAAUGGAAAUCUAGAUCUGAUGGUGUACAGCCAAAUUCAGAUUUUUAUUAAUAUGAUUAAUUCAAAGUAGUUGCUCCAAUGCUUUUUAUGGAUUUUUUAGAAAUUUGUAUUUUAGGAUAUGAGAAACACUCAGAAAUCAAAUUUGUAGCACCUGGCAAAGACAAUAUUGAAAGAACUUAAUUGAUUAAAAGAAUCUUAUUAUAAAAUCCAAAAUAUUUGGAUACUAAUAAAUAUUAAACUGAUAAAUCUGCAGAAGAUGUAAAGGUAAAUGAUUAGGCUGCUUAACUUAAAGAAAAAAACAAUUAAUAAAAGAAAAACACAAUAAUAACCUUUAUGCAAUCAGAGCAGAAAUAAAAAUAAACAAUAGAAUCGUUCAACUAAAAAUUGAUAGAAAAGUAGGUUGUAAUUUAUGAAUAAUAACAUAAUGAUAGGACAUCACAAUAAGAUAAUUUAUAGGAAGACAAAUUAUCUCAGUAAGAAAACUAAGAGGAGUAAUAAUAACUAAGAAAAUAGGAUUAAAUAAUUGAUUCAAAUUAAAAUUAAGAAGAAUAGAUAGAUUAAGAAUCGAUAUCCUUAGAAUAAUAAUAAGAAUGA